ACUGUGCCGUGGACCAGAAACAGGAAUCUUAGGAGGAGACUCUGCAGACAGGAAAGUUCAAAGUUUCUUUCUGAGUUCAGGGAGAAAAACAGGAUUAAAGGAGGAAGGAUUUAUACUCUGCUGAGUCUGACAUGGGACAUCUGAGAGCACUGAUUUAUCUGGGAAUCUGUCUGUCUGCUGGGAUCAUCACUGCUGAAGGUAAGAGCAGAGAGACACAGUUAUUGAGGAUGGAUGGACAGACAAUGCUUCUUUUCAUUUUUUCCAAAAAUUCUACUGUUUUGCAAAGGUUUUAACAAGUGAUUUGAUUUUAUCUUCUGUUAGAUUUUAUGGAUCAACUUCGACAAAGUUAGCACCCCUAAACUGACCAACCCCUUGUCUGAAAAAAUACUGUGAAUGUGGCCUCAUAGAUGCUCUGGUAGUUUGUAUAACAUGCAUAAUGAACAUAAUAACAUAAUGAAAUGCCUCCUCUGGUGCCUUUUCCAUGUGUAUAUACAUAGAAAAUCCUGCAGUAGUUGGUCCCAAGUGCCAUGUGGACGCCUUUUUAGUUUUUAAUGCUUUAAUGCUCUGAAUUAUUAAGUAUUAGAGGACCCCUGACCCCCCUCUUAUUAUUGUGCCUCAAUAUGUGUCAAUGAAUCCCAAGCGAUGGGUAUCAGGGGUUAGAAAAAACUGCCCCAGUUUUUUAACCUCCAGUCCACCUGCUGUCAAACAGGAAACUUUUACUAGCCCACCACUGUUUCUGACAGGCUAGGACACACUUUUGUUGUUCCACUGAUGACCACCUAAUGCAGAGGACAGACACAAGUUUGUGGAGCCACAAAAAAGUCGUUGAAAUGCCGCUAAAGUUAGAUCUCCAGUAAUCACAGCUUUCUUUGUGCUGCUACUCCAAAUCAUAGAGGAGGGGCCCCUUUAUUUUUCCAGCCUCGCCCCUCAAACAGACUGAGAUGCAGCUGGGUGCUUUAGCAAAGACAAAACAUUAAUAAAAAAAUGUCAGUAAAGCCUACAGCAUUAAUUCUAAUGAGUCAUGAAUUUAAUUCAAGUCUCAGUCAUGGUCAAGUAAAUUUUAGUCAUAUUUCAGUUUAGACGUACUCAGAGGGACUCGGUCUUUAUUGUGGCCUCAUUUUAAUCUGUGUUUUUAGGUCUGAUUUUAGUUGAUGAUUGAGGCUGUGUCUGAUAAAAAAACUCAAUCCCUAACCCCUAACCCCCAUAUGGGGUUUCACUGUAUAGUUGACUAUGUGGUGAACUCAAUCACCAGAGAUUUUGGACACUACAUGGCAUGACGCAAUGCAUGACGGGAUGCCCACCACCGGUGAGUGACCAUCGGAUGGUCACUACAUUUUGCAAUGCUCUAUGGAAAAUUUUGAUUCGCUUAUAUGGGGCACCGGAAUUGAUCACUGAGGUUUCGGACACCCCCAUAUAGUCACCUAUAUAGGGGUUAGGGAUCCAUUCAGGAAAAAAGCCUGAGUCAAAACUUUUUUAUGAUUAUUUCUCUCUGAUUGAUUGAAUUUUUAUUCAAUUAACUUGCCAAAAAAUCAUGAUGAAAAGUGUACUAAGUCUCCCUUCAAAAAACAUCGGACCCCUUUUCUCUGUGUGCUUCUCCAUUUAACUGAACUCUAAUAUUAUUAUCUGAAAGACUUAGAGUCUGGAUGUGAGUCUGAAGAAAUCCUACAUUUGAUUUUAGAGGGAGGAGUUGAAUGUGCACCCUGUAAAGGCUCGGCUCUGUUUAUACAUACUAAUUGUUAGGUGUUAUGGGGAGUUUUGCUACCUUGUGAAAAAAUGUUACCAUAUCACAAAACUGUUGAGACCUGAUCCUACACAUAAAUCAGAGUGUGGCAGUUGUUACAUUUAUAGAGUAAUUGUGUUUUCCAGUUAGACCAUCAUUCUACGUCCUUAUUUCCCUGAGCAGACAUAGUGGGGUGAUUUCAGGCCUUUUUUUUCCUCCUAUCUUUUCUCACAGAGCACUUCGUCUUCAUCAGAGGUGACACUCUUUGUCUUGUCACAAAAAAACGUGCAACCGCUCAUUUCUUUCUUUCUUUCUUUCUUUCUUUCUUUCUUUCUUUCCACAGUUGAGACUGCAGGUUGUAAUGAGUUAUGUAAGGCUUUGGAUCGGAUAGCUAAUAGCUAGCUAGUUUUAAGUAGCUAGCUAGUUUUAACUCCUUACUGACAUGCACAGUUAAAACAAACUCAUCCAAUGACAAAGGAAGAGAUGAAUGGAGUCGGUGACAAGCGGCUCACUUGUUGCAGAUCAAUGAUUGAUUCGAAACGGGGAAAAAACUGUUAUUGGUAUCACCUGAACAGAGAUAACAAUUUUGCCCCAUUGUUAUUCAUCACAGCACUGAAGAGAUAACAUUUCACCACAGUUUUCAUUGUCAGUUUGUUUAAAAUCUGAUUCAUGUAUUAAUGCUGCCUUCAAAUGGGGACAAUAUUGUCACGACAACACCCCCCUGAUAUCAUAUUCAAGUCAUCAUGAGUCAGCAUUUUCUAAAAGCUUCAAGUUCACUAGCUGACUGGUAACAUUUCAAGCAGAGCCCAGCUUGAAUCUUUGAAAUCCAGUGUCACAUAAAAACUAUGCUUUAUAAUGUCACUGACAGGGUCACUAAGGUCGUGUUCACACCUAAAGGUCCAUUUCCUGAUUCGAAUCCAAGGCAAGAUGAUACAUUUGUUUGAUUGUUUAACUGGUCCGGUUUGUGUUCACAAAGCACAAACUCAAUCGCUCCAGGAAACAGAACUGGAAGUCACGUGACCACGAAUACUGUUCGGUUAUUGGUCAUUAGUUCCUGCUGGAAUACAAACCCCGCUCUGCUGUCUUCACCUGUCAUGGAGUAUCGUAGGCUGACUUUGCUUUUGCUACUCAUCUGGAGCGCGUAUCAAAAGACGCUAGUCGAUCGUGCAUAUGAACGGCUCGUUAGCCAGCGAACUGCAGCAUUAAUUAAUACGUUCCAGAGUAGACGUGCUGCAAACAACAGACGGAUAAAGACAAGACGGCGACAGGCAUUAAUGAGAGUGUGUGGUGCGUUUUCUGUGAUUGGUGUGGAUGAUGUUCACACCAGGAAUGAACCACUCCAGAGUUCACUUGAUAGUGGUCCGAGAGCCCCUCUUCAGGCGGACCAGAGUUCGUUUCUUUGGUCCGCAACAGAGUUUGAGGUCAGCGUUCACACCGACCCAGAGGAACCGCACCAAGGGGGUAAACGCUCCAGGGUUCGGUCCAACCAGACUGAACGAGGGUGGUGUGAACGCGCCCUAAUAAGGCUUUCACACCUACUUCGUUUGGUCCAGAUUUUCAGACUUUUCUAUUUAGUCUGAACCAAAAUGAUAGGUGUGAAACCUCCCUACCCCAGGACCUUGGUCUGGACCAGACAGCCGGGCUUGGUCCAACCAAAAGAGGUGGUCUCGGUCCGGACCAAACUGAACCGUAUCAGGUUCAUGCCCAGUAUGAAAGCAUUAUUUUGAAAGGCUCGGACCUUCAUACCAAAGACAGGAAAUGACACGAGGAGUACAAGUGUCCGUUAUUAUGCGUAAUGGAGAUUGUCCACGAACUGAAAAUUUUACAAUAUUGUAGACACCUCAGCAUUGACAGCUUAUCUUUUCAAGAGUUUUACAAUAAAGACUUUCUCUCCAGAGUUGUUGCUGCAGUGGCUCUGAGGAUUGUAUACUUUCUUUUCCUUUCCUGUCGAUGUUGAUAAAGUUGUCGUCUAAUGAUAAAAUUCAUAAGAUGAACUUGGACCAGCCUCAUGUACAGCUCUUAAAGUUAUUGCUGUUGGUAGUUAAAAAUCAACAGUAAUAUGAUGGGGGGAAUGACGAUUUUAUUAAUGUUUACAAUAUUCAAGACCUGCGUUAUUCAACGUGUUGAGGUCAGAUGCCCGCCGGCCAAAUGACCAAUCAAUGUAAACUACAGAGACAUGCAGAGCACGUAGUUGAUGAUAUUGCGUGGGUUCAUCAUGUAAGGUCUGUUAGUCUGUUUGCAAUAAUGACAGUGUGAAACCUUAACAGACCGAACCAAAUGUAUACAAUUGGGGCUGCGGCUAUCGAAUAUUUUAAUAAUCGCCAAACGGCAGACUCACAUAAAGUUAGAUUUCCUAUAGCCCCGCAAUGAAGGCCAGACUUGGAGAAAUAUAGGACAAUCGUGGAACAAGCGUGUGCGUUAGUGGAUUGCAAUGCUCGUAAGAAAGCUAAUUAUGAUAUUAACUUUGAUUAUGCCCCUAAAGACAUUAGUGUCCGAGAGCUGAAUACCUCCGAUGUGACCUGCCUUUGCUACAACACCAGCAAUGUUAGGCUACAAGCAAGUGUGAAGAGAAGUGUGCCGAGCAGCGCUGUCUCCACCCACGACUCAGAGGCUAAGUGCUAAUGAGCUACUGGAGCUCUGCACAAGAAAACAGUGUUGCCAACUCCUCAGUAAGGAAAGGAGCUUGAAGUCGCUAGAUGACGUCAUCGCAUAAUUUCUCAGUCAACCCCCCCCCGGAGGAUUGGAAAGAGGAGGAGAAGCUUAAGUCGCUAGGUUGGCAAACACUACAUUUACUUUUUCCGCUCCGAAUUUUUGGAUGAUUUGAGCUUAUAAACGAGUACUCGAGGCAGAGAAAAUUCCUUGAUCAUUAUUUGUAAUCGAGGUACUCAAAGUAUUUGAGGAAACGUUUCAGCCCUAUAUACAAUGUAACACAAACACAGACCUUGGUUCAGACCUUGGUCUUGACCUUCAGGUGUAAAAUCACCCUAAGUCAACAAAUGCUAGCAAGAGCACAGCCUACAACAUAGAUAUUAACCAUGUACAGAACCAAUCAAUUUAACAUUUUUGUCUUUAUUCCACUGCAAAGAAAUCAUCUCAGUAUUUCCACAUGAAUAUAAGUUUCCUCUUAAAGUUAAAAAUAGUCACUUUUCAUUGCUACCAAAGAUAAUUUUGGAGAAUGGUAAAUAUGUAAGUUUUUAUCAGUGUGUGUGGAAAGGUUUAGGUCUAUGGCGUAUGUUGUUCAUGUGUUCAUUUGAUAUCAGCUACAGGACCUUCAUUAAAACUCUGUUUUGUGUGCAAAAAAUCAUAGAAUGGAAAUGUGCCAUCUAAAGAUCUUAUAAUUGUUAUGUAUAAAUGCAAAAACAGGAGGAGGAAUAGUGUUCAGAACAAUAGCCUGUGGUUGGUCAGUUUUCAAAUGUGAGAUGACCGUGCAGGCCUGCAGUGUUGGAAAAGAAAAGUCAUGUAGAGUUUACGGAAACGCUUCGGUUGUAACUGUCUCUCCAGACUUAGUUUAGUUUUCAGGUCCCUAAGGUCCAAACUAUGUAGCUCACUCAACAUAUAAACAAACUGCAACUCAAACAAGUCAACUGGAAGUUUGUUUUUCAAUCAAAGGGGAAAACUGUCACAUUAGAGGAGGAAAGAGGUUAAAAACACAGUGAGGGUUAAAGCAACUACAGCUACAAAAUUCAGAAAAAAACCACAGCAGUGUGAGUUUCAGUUUUUUAGAAUUUAUGAUUUUACUUCCAACUGUAAAGUCAUGAGUAAAUGUGACAACUAUUACAGAGGAGUAUUAAAUAGAAGUCAUCUUUUUAUAAGAUAUACACUUAUAAUAACAUCCAAGCAGUAAACACCUUUUAAUUUAUAAUCUAAGUGCUUUACACAAGAAAGACAUAAACUAUUAAGACUAUCAAAACAGGAUAUUACACCCGAGAGGAACACAAAAUAAAAAGAGCAAAAUCCAAAAGUUAAACAUGAUCAGAAACAAGUUAAGCUUAACAGCUUGAAUGUAUGAAGAUCAGCGUUUUUACAGUUAGUCACCCUGACAACCUUCACAUCUGUGAUUUUCCUUUCCUUCAGUCUUUCCUUUAACUCAAGUCCAGUCCUCGAGGCCCACUGUCCUGCAUGUUUUGGAUGUUUCCCUGCUCCAACACACCUGAGUCAAAUGAUUAGCUCGUUAUUAAGCCAUUACAGAGCUUGAUAACAAGCUGAUCAUUUGAAUCAGGUGUGUUGCAGCAGGGAAACAUCCAAAACAUGCAGGACGGGGGGGCUCGAGGACUGGACUUGAGAACCACUGCUUUAACAGAUGAAUUCAGUGAACAAUAAAAACCUAAUCUCAGAUUCACAGAUUUGAACCUACCUGAGGAGUCCAGCCUCCAUCUCAAUUUCUCCUUGUUGUUGUGAGAGCUGAAUCCAGUCUCUGUUGCAUUAAAGCUGUUUAAGGAACCAACGACAAUAAAAAACCUCUCCUGUAAACAAUCAUUCAGGCUUAGCUAACAUGGCAACAAAGCAGAAAGAACAAGAAGUUCAGUUUCUUCAUUCACACUCGUGGUGGAAGUUAAAUGUAGAGGGCAGAUAAUCACAGACAUUAAAUCUAAUAAAGGGAAAUGUCCUGAGGUUUGGUAGACUGCUUCCUCCCAGGAUCAUCUUUGUAAUUUUAUACAGCUUGCUCUUCUCCUCCUGCUGUGUGGAGGUAUUUAAAAAAUGCGGCAGAAAUCCAUCCAUGAGCCAACAGAGAGGCUGGUACUGACCAAUCCGUACCAAUACCUGACAUGGGAGAACACAAUGUUUCAACACUUCUUUCAAACACACCAGAGCACUGAGUCAGUGUAUUACUUUCAUGAAAAACAUGCAGUUCCUUAGCCAGACAUGCAUAAAAACAGUCCCCCCCUUUAAGAGCUGCUUCAGCUUUUGCCAUUGUUACCCAAAAUAGAUAGAAAAAUGAUAAACUGAGGGCUGUAUCAGCUCUAUAUUAGCUAUAUUUAUGUUACAUUUUGUAAACAAAAGCCCACACUUGUCUCUUUUUCUUCUUCCAGUCUCUUGUUUCCACACAGUGGUUUGAUUUUAAGCUUUUGUCCAGAACAGUAAUUUGCUGAGUAAAGUCACCUUUGUUGGGUAAAAAGUUGUCAUAAAUCACACUGGCUGCAGAAAUGCUACAAUAACUGUUAAGUAACAUCAGACUAUUGAAAAAAAUAAUGAUAUUUGUGAAUUUAAGGCACCAUAAGGAGUUUUAACCUGGUUUAAAGAGAGACUAAAGGUCCUUACACACCGGAAACAACGUAAAUAUAUGAAGCGAUUACAAAAUAUUCUGAGGCGAAUUCUGACGCGCCUGACUAUACACAUCUAGUGCGAUGCGAUUUUGCGACUUUCCAGGGGAAAAAAAGACGCGUCCUGGGUGGAAGCGAGAAGACUGACACAACAGCAGACUGACUGUUUUUCAGUUCUGAUUAGACACUAGUGUUGAGAUGGCUGUCUGUCAUGAUAGCAUGUUCUGAGUCGGGGCCAGUACCAGAUAAGCACAGCACUGUGACAGCAACGCGAUUGAGUUUGAGACAGUGAAAAUACAUAUGGUAUGUUGUAUCUGAACAGGUUAGCUUACGAGCUAAAUUUACUUAGCACAGAUGAAAGUUAAAACAAAGAUGUUUAGCAAACUGUUAAAGCACACAAACCAUUGUCAUAUGAGAAAUCCAACACUAUGGGCUCUAUUUUGGUGCCUCGCCGGAGAUCUGCCGCAAGCGCAGCGUCAAUCAGAUCCGCCGCGCUGACAAGGCGUUCCCAAGCACAUUUUGGUAUUUUGGUGAGCCGCGCAGCCCGGCGUAAGUAUCCCCCCUCCCUAACUCAGCUCCUCCCAGCACCAUAAGUCGUAGAAAGGGCGGUUAGUGGGUUUAACACAGCCGAGACCUGUUUUCACCAAUCACAUAGGCUCCUCUCCUUGCCUUUAAAUCCGCCACAGGCGAGGCGUAUUACUAUUUUCAUGAAGUAGUCAAAGAGAUCAAGAGAUGUCUUAAGACAGUAAUGCCACAAGAUGGCGACAGAGGGCAGCUCCUCAACAAGUGUCCUCCACACUCUCUCAUAUGAGCACAGAUGGAUUUAGUGUGCGUAAUGUUGGACCCAGUGGUAAGACAAACACCCUUUUCCACAAAUAAAGACACUCACAUAAAGUUGCUCAUAUUCAAACCUCACGUGACAAAGGUGGGUUGAGCGCACAGAUCACAACAUUAACUCCAAAAAUGGCAUUAAAAUCGGAACCAUCUGUGCGUAAAUGACGCAUCGCGCUCCGUGGCCUGGCUCUUUCUUUCAUAGAUGUUGGCAUAUAAAAUAAAUUUGGCUCACAAAACUGAAUAUUAUAAUAUCCGUAUGUCGGCUUAAAGUAGAUAACGCAUCUGAGCACUGAAACAAAUCAUCUGUUCAGCUGCAGCAGCAGCAAGACGGACAGAGGACACGGAGACGUGUCCAGGUCGAGCUGUGCGAGAAAUAAGAGGAAGAGGAAGAAAGAAAAGGAGGGAGAUGAAUUACAUAUCUUGUUAACUUCAUCAUGUGUGUUUAUUCACUAGAUAUUUAAUUUAAUUUGAUGCAGUUUCAGCUGUGUUGAUUCGGUCAGGUUGUGUGUCCAAACGCGUGCCAAACGCGCUCAUCAGAUCAGAUAUAGAUCAGAAUAUAUCGAUAUAGAUCUAAAUGUAUGUGCUGACUCAGAUUAAUAGUUGAUGAUGAUUAUUUAUUGCACUGAAAUGUGCCUGACACUGUGGAAACCUGCCGGUGAGGCAUCAGUGACGUAUGUCGAUACGCCGCUGGUCUACCAAAAUACUACUGGACCAGCUGCGUUCCGCCUUGCGCUGAAAGCUGACCAGGUUUGAAUCGGCGAGCUUUCAGCGCACUUUACACGCCGGUGGCGAGCACGAAAAUGUCACUGCGCCUGCUGAUUCUGUCGACACCUCCCCCUGCCACACCACCACGCCCAGCUUGGCGGAUCUCGGCUCGCCUCCGUGCGGCUCAUGCCACGAAAAUACCAAAUUGGCCUUACGCUGGGCUCCGCCAGACGAAAAUACAACUGCGCGGGGCUCGCCGCCCUCCGCCGCCUCACCGGCGCGAACGAAAAUAGAGCCCUAUGACUCUCCACAGGUUGUCCUUCAGGUCGUUAUCUUUGUAAUAUUUGUGUCUUUUAUCAAAAAGCACUCUGUUCUCCAACAUGUAAACAAUCAGCCGGUCGGCCAUGUUGGAUAUACUGGUGAAUCUGACGUCGCAACAACACAAAAUCUUAAUGGUCAGAAGUGGACACACGGUAUGCGAAUCUUUAGAAAAUUCGGCAGUGAUACGAAAAAAUAAAUGCCUCAAUAUUGCAGGACGAGAAACGUCGCUGAUGUGAACAUUUGUAUUGACAGGAUACGGUUUUGAAAAAAAAAAAUUGUAGGGACCUUAAAACUAACAUGAAUGCUUGUUUAGGUCAUUUAGAAACAGAUGAGAGCAUCAGCAACAAGGAUGAUUAUUCCACUGUUGUCGUUUUUAAAGACCCACUCUGAUGAAAAUCACGUUUUUCUUGUUGUCUACAUGUUCAUAUGGCACUUUUCUGAUGCUAGAGGACACAUCAUGAGAAAAGAGCAAAAUUACAUUUCUGAGCAUUUCUGCAUUCAAAUCACUGUGGACCUCUGGCAGACCCAACACCAGGUUUGUGCCACUGUGAUAUUACAACAUAAGUAGCGGCCAUAGCUGCUGAAUAACAAGCCUCCAUAAUGAUUAUAUCUGUUAUUGUUUAUGCAUUGAAACAUCUGAAAAAGACUGGGUGCACUGCAGCACCACAGUCGUGUCUUCAUGGUCCAAACAGUUUUGAGUUUUUGCUCAGAUCAGGUCAAACAUAGUAAAACAGAGAUGCUACAAUGAUGAUCCUGUCUUGUUGAAUGAAUGAAUCCUUGGAACAGUUACUGAGGUAUUUGUCCUCAUUUGGCAUUUUAAUUCCAAAACAUGUCAAAUGAGGCCCACCCUUAGGAAAGAAAAAAAAGUCCUUUGUUGAGUCUGAGUUUUGGCUGAUGUUCAGCAGUGCUCACAGUAAAAGUCUGACUUUAAUUAUGGUCUGUUUAUGAGCAAGCAGAGGCCAGGGGAGGGGGUUUUCAGGGCCUGUUGUGUAUGUUCUUUUGUGUUAUUUUUCCUGUUUUUAAAGUUGAACCUCAUCUCUGUACAAUACUCCUUGGAACCAAAUUAAACCAGGUAGUGAGCAGAAUCAGAGUUCAUACUGUACAGAGAGUAAUGCUGCGCUUUAUUCACAGUACAGGACUCCAAAGCUGAGAAUGUACGCUGGACCUCUCUGGACUUCAAAACCAUGCUCACCUGGACCACCAAGACACCUCAACUAACAUACAGUGUUCGCUAUUCCUGGUGAGUCCACACACACACACACACACACACACACACACACACACACACACACACACACACACACACACACACACACACCAAAAAAAGGCGUUGUCAUACAUCACUUUCUGUAUACAAAAUACAAAAAUUAUCAAAUUCACAGUUCUUGUACAUUUCUCAGCUUUUGAUGUAUUUUUGACUAUUAAGGUCCUUAAACACUGGGAAUGACACAAAUAUACGACACAAAAUUCCGAAAUAUUUGGAGGCAAAUUUUGACACGCCUGACUAUACACAUCAAGCAUGAUGCAAUUUUGUGACUUUCUGGGGGGGGGGGGGGCACUAGUGUUGAGAUGGCUGUCUGUCAUGAUAGCAUGUACUGAGUCGGGGCCAGUACCAGAUAAGCACAUUAAACUAUAAUCCAUAAACGUAAGGUAACAACCGAGACCUAAUGGUGCUGUGACAGCAACGCGAUAAAGUUUGAGACAGUGAAAAUACAUAUGGUAUGUUGUAUCUGAACAGGUUAGCUUACGAGCUAAAGUUACUUAUGAAAGUUAAAACAAAGACGUUUAGCAAACUGUUAAAGCACACAAACUAUCGUCAUAUGAGAAAUCCGACGCUAUGACUCUCCGCAAGUUGUCCUUCAGGUCGUUAUCUUUGUAAUGUUGGUGUCUUUUAUCAAAAAGCACUUUGUUCUCCGACACGUAAACAAGUAGCCGGUCGGCCAUGUUGGAAAUACCAGUGAAUCUGCCAUCGCAACAACAUGAAAUCUGAUUGGUCAGAAGUGGACACACAGUAAGUGAAACUAUAGAAAAAUCGACCGUGAUACGAAAAAAAGAAAUGCUGCAAUAUUGCAGGAAAACGUUGCUAAUGUGAACGAUUGUAUUGACAGGAUACGGGUUCUAAAAAAAAUAUUGACGUCCGAAAUAACCGCACUUAAAAAAGUGCUCCCGGUGUGAAAGGACCUUUAUUGGUGCAUUUUAAGUAAACUGUGCUGAUGUGGUUACAUAGGUCAAACUCUCGGGGUUGACUGUCCCAAAAAGGAAUAAUGAGUGUUGUCCACUGCUCCGGCCUUGCAGUGAAUCUUGAGUGUGAUUGUGAGUGAGACAUGAAAAUAACAUUUAAUUGAAGCACUAGAAAAUACACGUUUUUACCAACUGUGUAGUUAAAAAUCAAGAAGCGCUUAUUUGGUCGGAGGUCUGCAGGGGUAUUGUAAACAUUAGGACAGGCACUUUACUACAUGGUGCACGACACUGGGAGUAAUCUGGAACGUGUUUGUCUGUCUUAGACGGCUGGUUCAAUGCUGGGAAAGUUGAGCCUGGAUCACAUAAUAACCCUCUUAUUGAAGCGGAUUACAGGCAGUGCUUGUUUUGGCAGAGAGAUCUCCUGCAGUGUGGUCCACUGAGGCCUGACUACUCAAAACUUACAGCAUUUAUAAGAAGAGAACUCACACAGACCUGCUGUCUUUCUAAAGGCCAGCAGGGGGCGACUCCACCGGUCGCUACAGUAUCUCGAAACAGAUAAAAGUCUUUGAGAUCAGAGUGUAAACCAGAGUUACAGUUUUGGCAUUAGUAAGCAGCAUGAGCCACCUCUGAUAAUAAGAUAUUUUUUUCUUUCUUUAGAUGCACUCAUGCCUUGCUAAGGGCACACAACCGCUAACUAUAACUUAAGUGAACUGACAGAUACUACUGGUAUUAAGACUGAACAGGAACUAUCAUGCAGGUGGAGUACAACCAUGUUUGCAGCAAAAAAGAAAAGAUCAACAGCUGAUUUGUCCUGAAUGUUAAGUUAUCAUGAGAUCCUGCACCAAUCAGCUGUGUGCUCUCGGCAUAUUUAUUCACAAAGAAACUUGUAAACUGUUAUUGCAAAGAUUUGUGUGGUAUUUCUUUAGAUUUUUUACUGUGUUCAGCCCCCAUGAAAGCAUGCUCCGUGUGUGACAUUUGUAUUGUGUUCAUUUUGGACAUGUGACUUUCAGGGAUUUCAGUGAUUGGGAGGAUCAUCCUGAGUGUUAUCAAUUGUCCAGGUCAGAGUGUGAUAUGACCAUCGAGCUCAAAGCCUUACAACGGUAGGUCAAUUAAGCUUUGUUAAAGCUCCUGUAAGGAGUCUUUUUUUAUAUUUAUGAAAUACGCUUAAGUUCAUAUUGGUGCUUUUUCUUAAGAUAUACAAAAGCAAGCAGGACCAUCUGUGACAAGUUUAACACUUUUUUUUUUUUUUACAUUUCUUUCAUUAAAUUUUCUACAAAAUUAACACAUUUUGCUGUCAAAGGUCAGCAGGAUGAGAUUUUUUAAGUCAGAAGACGUUAACAAAUUAUUUAGAGUAAAAGCUAAGCAGAGAUGGGUCCUCACUCGACCUUUAGUUUUUAUUUCCCAUUGUAUCUAGAAAUUUUUUUUUUUUCCGUCUCUAUAAUAACAUCUAGAUGGAGCUGAUCAAGUGCAUUACUUUGAAAUAUGAUGAGACAAUACUGAAGUGUAAAACACUUAAAGCUGAAUCAUUUUACUCAGAUUUUAAUUCUCUUAUUUCACUGCAAAAAAAAAGUCAGGGAUUAAACUUUCUGAGAUGAAUCAAAGAUGUAAACAGAUUUAGUCUGAUGGCAUUUGGAUGUGUUCAGACCCUUGCAGGAUACAGAAGAUAAUUAAAACUGACUUCUAUUCAGUGAUGGACUAAGACUUCACUGUAUCUCUCAGCAAAAAGUUUUGAAGACACCCUCCAAACUGCUGCCCACCUUUUAAGGUACUUUGGGUGCAAAAAGUUUGUGCAUCUGUAACAUGUGAUUUGUAGUCGUGUACAGAAAAUGUGUUUGUGUUUUAGUAAAUGUGAAAUCCGCACUCUAUGAGUUGUGUACUUGUAGAUUUUUUUUUUCCACAAGUACAACACAACAUUUACUCAUUCACAAAUCUUAAUUACAGAUGCACAAAUCUUAUUUUAUAAGUCACAGAUUAAAACUCUGACACACUCACAUUUUUGCUCCUAUUGUUGCAGCAUAUUUGGUGCAAAACAUAUUUGUGCAAUUGCAUGGAGCAAUGUAAACAUGUGGACAAACUGUCAAUAUGUGCAGAUCUUUAUCUGAACUUGUACAAAAAAUGUUACAAGUUCACAAUGAUCUAUUGUUUGAAAAGCUUUAUGCUUUUAUUUUUAUAUAUAUUUUGCAUUUGCUGUUUUCUCCACAGUUUGCAUUGCUGCAAGUGACCCUGCUCAUGCACAGGGAUUAUUAGGCUCAGUCCUCUGUUGCAACAUCAGAAUUUGUUGAGGGAUUUUAAUGUAGAAAUGUUGUUCUCCUGUAACUUAAAGGGAUAUUCCGACGUAAAAUUAAUUUAGGGUUUAAAACACUGUAACGCAGAGUUAGACACCCUCUUGAGAGAUGAAUGUUGCCGAAUGCUUGGUUCUCUAGUUAAACCAACUUUAGUAAUGACCGCAGGAUAGCAAUACACAGCGGUCUGAGGAGCCAUAAACAAACCUCAACCAAAACGCCACUCUAUAGCCACAUAUAAUGCCUUGCAAAUUAUUUCUUUAUGGAAACUGCAACAAGACCGAGACGCUGAGGCAGAACUACUGCGUCUGCAGUGCAAAAUGAUUAAUAUGAUGAUUAUUACUUCAAAGAAAUUAUUAAGAAAUAGUCAUAAAUGUUCUUCCUUGAGCUGCGUCACCCCGUUGUAGUCCAUGAUGGACUGGCCUGAGGUCUCACUACAAACAAGCGGCUGCUGGAGGAGAGUGAGUGAGUUUUGUUUAGUCUCUUUGCUAAAGAAAUCAGGCAAAGUUAAAAAGAUGUUUGGUGGCUAGUACUAUGGCUGGGACCUACAUGUACUUUUGAUGAAGUUUAGUUCUGUUCUGAGCAAUAUUUGUGGCUAUAGAGUGGCUUAUUGGUUGAGGUUUGUUUAUGGCUCCUCAGACCGCUGUCUAUUGCUAUCCUGCAAACGUUACUAAAGUUUGUAUAACUAGAGAAGCAAGCGGUCGGCAAUCCCUCGAGGGGGUGUCUAACUCGGUGUUAUGGUGUGUUUGACCCUAAAUUAAUUUUACGACGGAAUAUCCCUUUAAUCCUUCUCAUUGACCUAUAAGAUGACAUCACGUCUUCAUAAAGCAACAGUUCAGACUCAUGACUUUUUAAUGUAGCUUCAUAUUGUCAUUCUGUCCAGUGUCCUGACACUGUGCUUGAUAAAUAUGUAUCAUAAGUUUCUGUGUCUAACUGACAGGUCUUUCACUGCUGAUGUCCUCACUGACCAUGAAAACCCGACGCCCGGCGACUAUGGCACUGAGGAGUUUCAGCACACCGAGUCCAAACCAUUCAACCCCUACAAAGAGAGUGAGUACACAUGCACGCACGCACGCACGCACGCACGCACGCACGCACUUUCAUCAUAUCUGCAAAUGUGUCCUCUCCUCAGGUAACAUCAGUGCAGUGGAGUUUACUGUGCGGGCAGUAAAUGAGAGCGCAGUGCUGCUCAACAUCACUGACAUCCUGACCAACAUUCACGAGGGUGUGAAGCAGCUCUCCAUCAGAGACAUUUUCAAAAAAGACCUCAAGUACAAGAUUAACUACUACAAGUCUGGAAGUACACGCAAGGUACAGCGAUCUUGUUCACUCCCAAAUUAAGCUCAGGGAAUUAACCCAUAUUUCAUCAAAUGUUUGGACACUGUUUAAAUGUUGAUUAAAAAAAAAAUAAAUAAAAACGAUUUUAGUGACAUGCAAACCAGUUAAAGUUUAUAUUAAAUAAAAAAUAAAGCAAGAUAUCAUAUUAAAUGUUAAAACUGAAAAAGGUUUUCAAUCAUGAAAAAUAUCUGCUCUUAAAUGUAGCUAGAGGAACAACCAAACAGGUUAAAAGCUGUUAUCCACCUUAUUCCCAGCCCCCAUGACGCCUUGUGUGAAUUAUAGUUGUGUCAUCUGGUGCUUUCUGUCACUAGACGUAGCAAAAGUAUUUUCCACAGUAACUGUACGCUAACUGUGAUCAUUACGGAGUUCCUUACACACCAGGGCCGACGCAAAUACACGACGCAAAAUUACGAAAUAUUUGGAGGCGAAUUUUGACGCGCCUGAUUAUACACAUCAAGCCCGAUGCAAUUUUGCCACUUUCCGGGGGGAAAAAGACGUGUUCCAAGUGGAAGUGAGAAGACUGACACAACAGCAGACUGACUGUUUUUCAGUUCUAAUUAGACACUAGUGUUGAGAUGGCUAUCUGUCAUGAUAGCAUGUACUGAGUCGGGGCCAGUACCAGAUAAGCACAUUAAACUAUAAUCCAUAAACGUAAGGUAAGGUAACGUAAGGUAAGGUUACAAGCUAAAGUUACUUAGCACAGAUGAAAGUUAAAACAAAGACGUUUAGCAAACUGUUAAAGCACACAAACCAUCGUCAUUAUGAGAAAUCCGAUGCUAUGACUCUCCACAAGUUGUCCUUCAGUUCGUUAUCUCUGUAAUAUUUGUGUUUUUUUAUCAGAAAGCACUCUGUUCUCUGACACGUAAACAAUCAGCGAAGUUGGAUAUACCGGUGAAUCAGACGUUGCAACAACACGCAAUCUUAUUGGUCAGAAGUGGACACACGGUAUGCGAAACUUUAGAAAAAUCAACCAUGAUCUGAAAAAAUAAAUGCUGCAAUAUCGCAGGAAAGGAAAACGUCGCUGAUGUGAACGCGUGUAUCGACAGGAUACGGGUUAAAAAAAAAAUAUUGACGUCCGAAAUAAUCGCACAAAAACGCUCCCAGUGUGAAAGGACCCUAGAGUGAUCAAGGAAAAUACAAAAAAUAAGAAUAUCAUCUGUCACCUCCUUUAUAGAGGGGUUGGUGGGCAAUAUAAGGAAUUGGCCUUAAAGGGGACCUGCCAUAAAAAUGUAAUUUUCUGUGUUUUUUGUGUCAGAUAAGGUCCAUAUGAUGUUCGUCUUAUGUUGUACAUGUGAAAACAAACCGUUACGUCGUUUGCAUUCUGUAAAGGUUUAAAAUAAAGGAACGAGUAAACCAGGCCAAUUGGAAAAGCAGGUCGGUGUUACGUUGCGCCGACGUUGCUCAUUAUUAUUCACGAGCGCGUCCUCGGUGAGCCACGCCCACUCUCUCGUUCUCGUACUCAGUCACAGCCAGAGCGAGACCCAGCUACCGCUGUGUCCGCUAUGGGUCUCUUCCAAACGACUGGUGUUUCCUUCGGUUCACUGCCGGGAAAUGAUCUUAAAGCUGGGCAGAAUGAAUGAGAAAACACCGCUGGAGAUCUCCGGCUUCUUCCUCAACUUCCACCUCCUCUUCGGACUCGGGGUCUAAAAUAUGGUUUAAUACCUGCCAUUUUUAGCCUUUAGCAUAAGGUGACCAGACGUCCCCGAUUUCCGGGGACAGUCCCUGUAUUGGAUGACCUGUCCCCGGCAAAAGCUAUCCCCGAAAAUGUCCCCGAUUUAAGCGUUUCAUUAAUGAGAGCAAAAAUGUUGCGUGUGGGCUCGAACAAUGGUUAUUACAGUAGCCGAAUAUGUAGGAAGCACAGGUUAGCAGUCCUGAACAACAGUUCUUACGGGGUUAUUACGCCCCCGUAUUGUUGAGAUGGCUAUCUGAUGGCUAUGCGUGUUGUCGGUGCGCCGCCGCCGCACCGAAUAUCCCCGGAUAUCAUUACAGACAUCUGGGCACCUUACUUUAGCACACAUUAGCAUAUGCUAUUAGCAUUAGCAUAAUAACAAUGGAUAAACCGAAAUCCGAACCUCCACUGCUGAGCCAAUCAGAGCACAGCAGGCUUCACAGCAGCGAUCCAAUCAGAGCAAAGCUCAUUACCAUAAAUGUUAAUGAGCCAAAACCAGUUGGUUUUCCUGUAAGGUUUUUUAGGCAUACUAAAACAAACCAUCAAAUAACUUUUCAGCUAAAAUUAUGUUGCAAACAUGAUCAGAGGACAUCAAGGAUUAUGAAAAAAUGAUAAAAAUUGGUAUGAAAUUUUGGUGGCAGGUCCCCUUUGAAUAACAUAUGCUAACAUAUUUAGCUACAUUUUUUGGUCUGUUGCUGUAGAAUGGGGAGGCUGUGAGCAACCAUGCACACAGCCCACACAGGAAACAAAAUCCAACAAAAAAUAAAAUGUGUGAAGUACAAGCUCACCACAUCAGGGCCUCAAUGUCCUACAUUACCAAGUUUCAGAGUCAACAAAAUACACACAGCUGUGUGUUGUUAUAAUUUCAUUUCCUUUAAGUGUGAGCAAAUAGUUCAACAGUUUCAGAAUAAUGUUCCUGAGAGUCAAAUGUGAAAGAAUGAGUGAAUUUCAUCAUCUACAGAAUUUGGAGAAAUCUCUGUACAAAAGGGGCAGGGACCAAAACCAAGACUGGAUGAUCCUAAACUUUAGACCCUCAGGCUGGACUGCAUUAAAAACAAACGGGACUUUGUAGUGGAAAUCACUGCAUCACUGCUCUCUCCCCAAAGACAAGUCUAGAAAAUAAACCAAGAGUUCUUGUGGAAUUAAUCUGUUAUGAAAAGGAUCCUGUAGCCUGCUGUAAUAUGUGCUGUUCUGACCCCUCAGAAAGACCAUACAGCUGACAGCAGUGUAGCUGAGGUGACCAAACUGGAUCCAGGUCAGAGUUACUGCUUUAUGGUGGCAGCCUACAUCCCGAGCAGACCGAAGAACACGCAGUACGGUGCCUGGAGCCGCCAGCUGUGUGAGACAACACAUGGAAACAGCCAAACUUCGCAUGGUACACACACACACACACACACACACACACACACACACACACACACACACACACACACACACACACACACACACACACACACACACACACACACACACAUAUGCAAGCUUACCUGACUAACAGUGGACUGUCAGCCCAGACUGACCAAGAGUGGUCUCCUAUUUCUGGUCAUUUUAAUAAAACAAAAAUAUAAUAGAAAAUUUUCUUUUAUGGUCUGUUACCAAAAUGUUACUUGAAAUGGGACUUUUAUUUAUUUAUUUUUUAAAUUGCCAAGAGGGGACCUGGAUCCUUGCAUGAGAUCUACCUGUCUAACAGGGGACCUCCAUAUAAAGCACUGGCACACACUGCCGAUAAGAGCUUGUUUACCACAACAACUUUCUUUGUUUCUUUCAAGAAUGGAUGAUUUGACCUAUAUGUGAUACUUAUUUAAAGAUUUCUCUCAGAGAAAAAUAUUUAGAAAAUAUUUGGGCCCCAUUUGUUCUGUGGAUUAUAUUAUAUUUUUUAGCUGCUCUAAUAAUAAUUAUUUGGUGUCAGGAGAAAAACAUUUCCCAGUCUUUGGCAGAUUUUUUAGUUUAGUUUAGUUUAGUUACUUGUUUAUUUAGAUGGGACAGUGUACAUUCAUGGGCACAUUCACAAUACAGAGUACUGUAAUCUUGAUACCCAGAAAUACAAUACAGUACACAAUAUGAUAAAAAAAAACUAGAGCCAGCGCUAAUAUAAUCAGGAGUUAGCUAAAAAGAGCAGCAAAUGUGGGGCCUUAAUAGCAAAUGGCAUUUGUUCCAGCUGGAACAGCCCUUGAUGGACCAGGUAUUUUGUGCCAAAACUGCUUUUCUAAAGGUCCUUACACGCCGGGUGUCGUGUGAUUAUUUCGGACGUCAAUAUUUUUUUUCGAACCUGUAUCCUGUCAAUACAAGCGUUUACAUCAGCGACGUUUUCCCCUCCUGCGAUAUUGCGGCAUUUAUUUUUUCAGAUCAUGGUCGAUUUUUCUAAAGUUUCACAUACUGUGUGUCCACUUCUGACCAAUCAUAUUGUGUGUUGUUGUGAUGUCAGAUUCACUGGUAUAUGCAACAUAUCCAACAUAUCCGACCGGCUGAUUGUUUACGUGUUGGAAACAGAGUGCAUUUUGAUUAAAGACACAAAUAUUACAAAGAUAACGACUUGAAGGACAACAUAGCGUCGGAUCUCUCAUAUGACAAUGGUUUGUGUGCUUUAACAGUUUGCUAAAUGCCUUUGUUUUAACUUUCAUCUGUGCUAACGUUAGCUAACGGUUGUUGCCAUAGUUUCAUGUGCUUAUCUGGUACUGGCCCCGACUCAGUAAAUGCUAUCAUGACAGACAGCCAUCUCAACACUAGUGUCUAGUCCUCUGCCUCUUCAAACUUGGAGCUAAUUGUUUCAGCAGAACUUCAAAUUGACCAACGGACAUCCAAAAAUAGGUUCUGAAGCGACCGUGGUACAGUUUCAGCUCCUUAACCAAGCAGUGAAACUCACCAAGUUCUCUUCUUUUUUGUAAUAUUGGAUGCACCCAUGUGCUACGUUUCUUUUUCUUUUGAGAAAGCAAAAGGAGUACCAAUUCUCCAUCACUUGAAGUUGAAGUAGACUCCAAUUUUGUACUCUCGCUUCUACCCGGGACGCUGGUUGUUAAGGGAAGGUCCCGCCCUCCUUCGCCUCUAAUUGGCUAUAAGUGCUGACCGUUUGGCUUGAGCGUGUGAUGACGUUUCCAGCUUUUCUAGCCAAUCAGAGGCGAAGGAGGUGGGACUUUCCCCAGCAAAUGUCUUCUCCGGGAUGCGUCUUUUUCCCCCAGAAAGUCGCAAAAUAGCAUCGGGCUUGAUGUGUAUAGUAAGACGUCAAAAUUCGCCUCCAAAUAUUUCGUGAUUUUGCGUUCUAUAUUCGUGUCGGCCCCGGUGUGUAAGGACCUUUAGUUUGAAAUUUCAAGUUUCCCAUUCCUCAUAAAAGUUUUACAAUAUACUUUUAAACACUGAGAUUUUCACCAUUAUAAAGUAGUUCUUUGUUUAAAACUUUGUGAUAAACUGUAAGUAAAUACCGAGUCCCCUCUUUGUCGGAACAAAAUGACAAUGGUGCUUUGUUGGAUGGUAUAGAGCAGUGGUUCUCAAUUCCAGUCCUGGAGGCCCACUGUCCUGCAUGUUUUGGAUGUUUCCCUGCUCCAACACACCUGAUUCAAAUGAUCAGCUCGUUAUCAAGCUCUGUAAUGGCUUAAUAACGAGCUGAUCAUUUGAAUCAGGUGUGUUGGAGCAGGGAAACAUCCAAAACAUGCAGGACAGUGGGCCUCGAGGCCACUCCCAGAGUGUAACUGACAUUCUGAGAUAAAUAUUUCCCCAGAGUCUUUAGCGUCCCAGAGUAUCAUCACAAGUAACACAAAGCUUCCAUAUUUUGAUUUCUAUCAGCUCCUAAAAAGCUCCUAAAAAUAGCAUGACAGAGGUUCACACACACACACACACACACACACACACACACACACACACACACACACACACACACACACACACACACACACACACACUCACGCAUGGACACACACACACUUUUUUUACUUCUUGAUUUUACAAAGUCACUGUCAUGAGUGCAACAAAUAAUAACAUCCAAGCCUGCCUAACACAGGACUAGGAUGUUUUGUACCAUUGAUACAUGCGGCUCAUAUAUUACACACUUCCUCUCUAAAAGGUCAAUCAUAGAUGAUUAGAAAAAAAUGUGAACCAAUCAGGAGGUAAAAACAAUAAAAUGGAGUAAAGCAGUAAAACAUGGGUAAAAGCAGCAGUGUGAGACAAGGCAAGAAAAGAAAUAAGACCUGGAUAAAAUGAAUAAAAAAAUCAAGAAUCAUUUACAGCAAUAACAAGACUGAAUCACCUUGUCCCUGCAGAGCUGAGUUCUGGGGUUCUGGCUGGUAUCAUCGUCAUCCUCCUCGUAGCCCUCGUCAUCGCCAUCACAGUCAUCGUGGUCUGCUGCAGAAAAAGCCAAGAGAGAAACAGACCUCUGCAAACCUCUCAGUCAUCUGCUCCUGUUUGAUCUGACGGUCUGCUGAAACAUGUGCAAAUGUGUGUGUGUUAAAGUGUGUGUGUGUGUGUGUGUGUGUGUGUAUGUGAGAGAGAGAGAGUGUUUCAGACACAGGGAGCUGGCCUGCCUUUAGUUUUUUUAUUUCCUUUCUCUCAGAAAGUUUUAUUUUUUUCUCCCAUACUGUCAGUUUACAGUUCAAUUGCAGCUAAUAGGUUUUUAUUUACCUCUACUGCAAACAGGGGCAGCUGGCUCUGACAUCAAGAGCUCUUCUUUUAAUUAGCCCCUAUCUGAGUUUGGAAGAGCGCAUGGAAAUCUUCUUUUCUUUUGUUAAAGGACAUUUUUUAAAGAAUCCCACCUGAUCCCACCUGUAAAAUUAGUCAAAGAGGGACUUUGGGGUUGUGUCUAUUUUGGUGACUCCUGUUGGGAAGCAGGUUUAAAUGAUUGAUCUGGUUUUGUCCUCUCAUCCUGUGUCAGCAGCAAAUAGAAAUGAAAAAGAAAGAAGUAUCUGUCCCUAUUUAGAUAACUACCAAACAUCUUAUAUGUCUCCUGCAGCACAGGUGACAUGCAUCUAAAAUAGAUUUACGGGAAUAAUGGGCACUGUCUUUGAGAGAGGUCUGUGCUGCAGACCGGUGCCCUGGUAUUCAUUUGAAUCUGUUUUACAGCCAGAUAAACACUCACCACAGGAGCUUUAAACCACAGACUGGAUGAAAUCCAUCUUUGAAGUUUGACUGAGCUGUGGCACGGGUCAGCUGCUGUUUCAGGAUCAAGUCAUCAUUGUUGGUGGGUUUAUCUCAAGGAUUGGAAAAAAAAGGAGUGAUAAAAAAAAGACCUGAUACUGAGUCAGCUGGACUGACUGUGUUCUUUGUUUUGGUUGAAAUUGGAAAUAAAAGUGUAUUAGUAUCCGGUCUGGUGUGAAAUUAGAUGUUGAAUCCCUGAUAAACUCUGAAGUACAGCUUUGUUUUAUAGUAUAAAAUACAUUUUCAGUUUCACCUUCAGACCUAAAAAUAUAGUUAUUAUUUUGGUCUUUUCUACUGUAGUCUAAUAUUUACCUCAUUAUCCUCUAAGCGUCUGUUUGGGUUUAUUCUUUGUUUUCUGAUCAUAUUUUCAUUUUUCAUUAUUAAUGUUUUUUUUAACUUUGUCUGUCCCUUUUGCUUUUGUCAGGCUUGCACACUUUUUGUGAAACCACUGCAGGGUUAGGAAAUGAAGCUUGUCAGUGACAUCUAAUGGCCACCUGAUGAAACUACCAUCACACUAUUAAGCUUGACUCACUAAAACGUAACACUUUAUUUCACACUCACAAGUCCAGGGUUGAGAACAAUCUAGGCAACCAUCAAAUAUCCUAACAUAAAAUGAAGAAUAACAGCUGGUAUCUCUUAUAAGCUUUAGUGAGAGGUUCCAUGUUACUAGAGGAUAGAAAACAAAAAAAAAACAAAAAAAAAAAACAAACAAAAAAAAAGAACAGAUUUUCUUUCCAAUCUAUCUGCCGAGUUUGAAGUGUAAAGAAAAAAAAGAAACAUUGUGAAGAAACAUUUCAAAGAGCAGCAAACAGUAAACACACAUAAAAUCAUCCCUAGAAUAAACUGAGCCACCACAGUUGAGCCAAAACUGGGGAAAUGUUUUAGUUAAAAGUCCUGAUUUCAUUUGAACAUUUGAAGGUCCUUACACACCGGGACCGAUACAAAUAUACGACGCGAAAUUAUGAAAUAUUCAGAGGCGAAUAACAGAAAUUAGGCAUUUAAGAACAAAAAAUUCCUAAAAAAAAGUAUAGGAACUGUUAACUUUGUUUCUUUUCCACCCAUUCCUAGGGCAUGUGAGUCUUCCUUGGUGAAGACUCAGGGUCCUUGGCACAAUAACAGCUGCAGGAAAGAGAACCAAAAUAUGUCAUAUUUUGAGUGAGUAAAAAUGACCAGCUGACUAAAAUAUUUCUUAUCAGCAAAUGAAUUCCCUUGAAAAGCACUACUUUCUGAUAGUUAUUCAUAACCACUUUAUCUUUAUCGUUAUUUGAACAUGAUAAAAAAAAUGAAGUAAAAUUAAAAAAAAACAAAAAAACAAGGCUUUAUGAAAAGAAAAUAAUAGUUAUAAUAUGAAAUAAAAAUAAAAAAAUAAAAUCAAAGACAAGCCUAACAGGCAAAAAUCGGCCAAUAUCACGAUCAUGUUCAAAAAGGAGUUGGGUGAAGUCAAGACUUAUGUGAUCCUACCCCUUUGUCAACUACACAGCGUCAACUUACUGUAUACCUAUAAAGUAUACUUUAACAAAUUGAUUUACCACUUACGUAUCAAGGAUUUCUUGGUUGUACACUAAAUUGGUGAUAUCAAUAAUAAGUUACAUAUACGUACAUACAUACAUACAUACAUACAUACAUGCAUAGAUGUAUAUACAGUACAGUCAUUGAACACAUCAUCGUUCAUGUAACUCUUCCUCCUUAUGCCUCAUUAUAACACAUUUUUUAUACCUUUUUUUGAACUUGUGUAUGUUUGAACAUUGCUUUGUCUCUACAUCUAUACUGUUCCAAAGUUUAACUCCACAUAUCGAGAUACAGAAUGAUUUCAAUGUUGUUCGGGCACACAGAUUUUUCAGAUUUAACUUCCCCCUAAGGUUGUACCCACCCUCUCUGUCAAAGAACAUUUUCUGGAUAUUCCCAGGGAGAUGAUUGUACCUACUGUAGCUUUGUACAUUAUCAGGGCGGUUUUUUAUUCGAUAAUAUCCAUACAUUUUAACAGGUUUGACUUAAUGAAUAGUGUGUCGGUGUGGUCUCGAUAUGCAGCCUUAUGUAUAAUUCGUAUAGCUCUUUUUUGAAGUAUAGUUAAUCCAUGGAGUGAAGAUUUAUAGGUAUUGCCCCAAACCUCACAACACUAAUUUAAAUAAGGUAAAACAAGGGAACAGUACAGCAUGCGGAGUGAGUUGGAAUCCAGAAUGUGCUUUGCUUUGUUCAGAAGUGAAAUGCUUCUCAAUAGUUUUGUUCGUAUAUAUUUUAUAUGAGAUUUCUAAUUAAUUUUAUCAUCAAUUAUCACUCCUAGAAAUUUAUUCUCGAAUACUCUUUCAAUAGCAAUAUCUUCUAUAUGUAUAUAUUUACUUGAUUAUCUAUUUUAUUAUUACUAAAUUUAAUAAAUUUUGCUUUAGACAAGUUUAAUGAAAGUUUAUUUCUGUCGAACCACCUCUUUAGCUUGCACAACUCUGCACUAUUGCUCACUAAAGAGAGCAUGCAGAUUCCAGGACGACUCUUACUGACCUUAUUCCCCUACAUGCAGCUAUCAAAUCCACCCAAACCUACUCACCCUCUGUCACUAUUGCCGGGUGAAAAUCACCCUGUGAACAUGUACCUGUAGGAAAAAUCAGGUUUUGGAUCGGGGAAACAAAUAUGCCUUCAAAGAUCUCAAAGGCAAUGCUGAAGCUACCCAGGGACCCAUGGUACUCAGACAAACGCAACAUAGUGAAAAUCACAUAAACAUGUUUGUUUGGGUGAAAAUCACCUGGCCAUAGUGUUCUAGGGUUAAAUGCACUUAAAUGGGAUCCAGUUACACUUUAACUCUUAAAUAUGUCUGCAUAUGCAGGUGAAGCUCAAUAUUAGACUGCCAUACUUUACUUCAAACAGGUAAACUUAUGCUUAUAUCUAUGACUUCAAAGUGAAAAGUUUUAGGCCUUUAUAGUUUAUAAAAUCAUAAAUCCAGAAUCUCUAAUAAUUGAAUUUUUUUCUGAAAUCAAUUUUAAAAAGACUUAAAAUACAGAGAAGUCUAAUUUUAGUAAAGUUUGUUCAUUUUUUCCCUGUCCUUUCUUAUGGACUCCUUCACCAGUGUAGCGUGGUGAUGAUCAGCCAAUAGUUUUGCUGAGGUGUUAUUGAAGUUCAGCUCCAUCAGCUGGUCUGUAUUUUUGAGUCAGCUGUUUCCUAUCUUCCUCUUUAACAAAUGUCCCACACAGUCUCUGUAGGGGUUCAGCUCAGACCAGUCGGCUGCACAAUAACAUUUGGUAGGAGUUCUGGCACUAUGGGCAGGUGCUUAGACCUGAUGGAAAAUAAAAACCAGCACACCAAUAAAGCACUUUUUAUAAAACCAAAUGUUCAUGGUGAGUUUGUAGUAAAUAAACACAAAGUGAGAGGACAGUGAAAUCUUAAAUAAUAUUUCCAUUUAUUGAGACUCACCUGUAUUACUGAAACAGUCUGUAAAUAACAUGGUACUGCAUGGCUGGACUGUCAUGAUCUUAGCCAGGAAAUUCAGAUCUUUGGGUUGGAGGGCUCAAAGCGGGUAACCCACUGGUUCAACCCUGACUCUUCCAGACCCUCCAUAUAAGGCUCUGAAACACUCAAGACCAUCUCCUUUUUAGUCUGUGAGUGAGUGAGGGUGAAUAAAUGAGUGUGGAUCAGCAUGGAGUGUAAAAUGCCAUGGAUGGAUGGAUGGCUGUGUAGUCUGUGCAGUCCACUCAGUGGUUUGAAUCUUGAAAAGUUAUUGUGGAAAAUAAAACAGUUUAGAUGUUUUGCUCUUAUAUAAAAGAUACACUUAGAAUUAAAAAAUAAAAAAUAAGUAAAAAAAAAAUUAAAUUGGCAGCUUGUAUUGAAACAAGUUAUUUUUUUAACAAUUUCUGUGAAAUAAUGGGAUAACUGUCAGCUGGAUCCUGGUCUGGUUUAUACUGGUUUGAGUCAUCUAUGAGAUGGCUCUCAUAUGCUGGGACCAAGUGUAGUUCUUUCUCUGGAUAUCCUGAUCUGACAGUUUUUACUUUUGCACAAGUGUUUUAAUAAAGGGUAAAGUUUUUUUUGUUUUUUUUUGCUGCAUUAUAAUUUUGAUUGUGCGUUACAGAGGCAUUUAGCCAAGCAACCUUACAAAUGAUAUCUGUAAUGGUACAUGUUUGUUUGUUUGUUUGUAAUUUUUUUUUUUUUUAAGAGGAAGGUAAUAAAUGUAACCCGACAUGUUAUUGAGCACUGAGAUAAACCUGUGUGAUCACACUAUUGUGC